UUUUUAUGUCUUUUUUUUGUUUUUUUUUUGUUUUUUUUUGUUUUUAACUUCUUUGCAACAUUAACAUUAAAAAUUGUGCGAUAAUCGACGAAUUCAAACUCCUGAAUUAAAUGAAAGAAGUACUCUCUUUAAGCUCUUAUUGAAUUAAAGCACGAGAAACCGAAAUUGUGAUAUUUUUUAAUCUCUCCAUCUCAGAUAGUUUUUAUCGUCGUUUUGUUGGACUGUUGAAUUUUUUUUUUUUUUUUUUUACAUUUUCUAAUUGUUAAUUUUUUUUCUACGGGUAAAUGAACAUGGAGGUGUUAGCCGUACAAAAUCAAUAUUCAGCUUACUACACUCUAGCUACAGAUUGGAAAAGUCAGCUAACUUUAUCUACACCCACCACUGGAGGUUCAUUGAAAUCUCAGCCUACAUAUAAAUUUAAAAGAUCAACAGCUCAUAGCAAGCAGCAGCAACUACAACAAAAAACUUAUCCACAACAUAUUACACAAAAUCGUUAUUUUCAAUUUAAUUAUAAUAAUAAAAAUAAUUCACAACAACAACACAAUUCAGCAACAAAUGCAACAAUAAACACCUCCAACUCCUCAAAUAAAUUAAACUGUGAUAAAACUAAAACAACAGCAACAACAACAACAACAACAACAACAACUAUACCACCAACAUCAAACGCAUUAAAUACAGCGGCUGUACAAGAAUUGUCACGACGCCUGUUGGAAGAAUUGCGUGCAGCCAAAUCACGCCAUCUGGCAUGCACCGAGGUAUCGCUUCCCUGUGAUCUCACGCCACGCAUAGCGUUGGAAAUUUUACGUUUAGCUCGUGAAGAAUUAAAUGGUCUGCGUGAAUGCAUCAUUUACAUCGAAUUCGAAGAUGAGCCCCAUAAUUCGCGGCGCAUUGCUACACUGGACUUGAAUAAACAACGUUCGAAGACCGUUUAUGAAAUAUACGUCACAUUGCGUCAAGAUCAUCGCGGCUGGACGUCAUUGUUACCACAGUUCAUGAAACAUCUAUCGCGCACUAUAACCAUAAGUCCCGACUUUAAUAUUACUAAACAUAAGCCGUAUUUGCAAAGCUUCUGCUAAACUUGCGGACCAACGGACGUAAUAAUACAUUUUGAACACAAUACAUGACUUCAUUUUUUUUUUUUCUAAAUGAAUUUCCCAUGAAUCUAUUCAAGCUAAACUUUAUUUAUGUUAACGCAAACCACAAAUCAAUAAAUUAGUUAACCAAAAACCAAAAAAAAAAAAAAAAAAAAA